UAAGGAGGAUCACGUAAAAAAUGAUAAUCCCAAAUAUUAAUUCACCCAGUGCCCCUCCCACAAAAUUCAAAUCUAAAUCAACUCCUCAUUUUUUCGCCCUCCCCUCAAUCUCAUGCCCCAGCUCCGUACCAGUUACCACCUCGAUGCCACCAGGGCUUACGCUUGUUGUAAGAGUUAAAAUUCCAGUCUUCAAACAAACCGUAGAUUUACCGACCUUUUUAUGCUACCGCCAUGCGAACCCUCUUCGCUGGCAGCCCUCCUCGUCCAAAAAUGCGCCUCCAUAAAUUCCCUCAGAAGAGCGCGCCAACUCCAUGCCAUCAUCCUAACCUCCUCCACCCUGGGAGUCUCCAAAUCGCCUUUUCUGGAGAACAACAUCCUCUCCAUGUAUGCAAGAUGCGGUUCACUCGGCGACUCCCGCCUACUGUUCGACGAAAUGCCUCACAGAAACAUUGUUUCCUUCAACGCACUAAUUGCGGCCUAUUCUCGAAGCACUCAUGCGCUCUCGGCCUUCGAACUGCUCAAGCAUUUGGGUGUUGAAGGACUUAGACCAAAUGGUUCCACAUUCACCAGCCUCUUACAGGCGUCCUCCUUGCUUGGAGAUUGCGUGCUAGGCUCGGCGCUUCAUACCCAGGUCAUGAAGUUUGGAUUCUUGGGUAAUACGUGCGUGCAAACCUCGUUACUGGGAAUGUAUUCGAAUUGUGGGGAUUUGGUGUCUGCAAGAGAUGUUUUCUACUCCAUAGUGUACAAAGAUGUUGUGGCCUGGAACUCAUUGAUCUUUGGGUAUGUGAAAAAUGAUGAGAUAGAGGGUGGUCUUCGUUUAUAUGGCAACAUGGUGGGGAGCUCUAUGUUUCCUACCCAAUUCACGUAUUCGACCAUCCUUAAUGCUUGUAGCAGAAGGAAAGAUCAUUCCUUCGGGAAACUUGUGCAUGCCCAACUAAUGAUAUCCGGCACACCAAUGGAUUUACCGUUGCAGAAUUCACUGCUUGAUAUGUACUGCAGUUCUGGGGACAUGCACGCGGCAUUUGAAGUCUUCAGUAGAAUUGAAGUACCCGAUUUAGUUUCAUGGAACUCCAUGAUAUCAGGAUGUUCAGAAAAUGGGCUCGGACUAGAGGCCAUGUAUAUAUUUGUACGGUUGCAGCAAGUAUUGUUUGCCAAACCGGAUGAUUACACAUUUGCAGCCGUCAUAUCUGCAAUAGGAUUAUUUCCUGCUUCUCUAUAUGGGAAACCACUUCAUGCCCAAGUUAUCAGAAUGGGAUAUGAGAUGAGUACCUGUGUAGGAAGCACGCUGGUGUCUAUGUAUUUCAAUAAUUCUGAAAGUGAUUCUGCUCAUAAAAUUUUCAGUUCAAUUUCGGGAAAGGAUGUCAUUUUCUGGACACAGAUGAUCAUGGGUCAUUGCAGAAUGGCUGAUGGGGAGAAUUCAGUUAAGUUCUUCCAUGAGAUGUUGCAGGAAGGCCAAAAGAUUGAUAGCUUUGCUCUUAGUGGUGUUCUGAGUGCUUGUGCUGACCUUGCAACUACAAAACAAGGUGAGAUGAUUCAUUGCCAGGCAGUGAAAACGGGUUAUGAAGUUGAAAUAACAGUCAGUGGGAGUCUAAUAGAUAUGUAUGCCAAAGCUGGGAAACUCCAAGCUGCUGAACUGGUACUUUCCCAAGUGCCAUCCCCAGAUUUGAAGUGCUGGAAUGCAAUGCUUGGAGGAUAUGGCCACCAUGGGAAGGCAGAAGAGUCAAUGAAGGCUUUUGAUGACAUUCUGGCGAGCAAUCUGAGACCGGAUGAAGUGACGUAUGUUUCUCUCCUUGCUGCAUGUAGCCAUUGUGGCUUGGUCGAUAAAGGAAAGUUGCUAUGGGAUUCCAUGAAGGAAAAUGGAUUGAGACCCGGGCCUAAACACUACUCUUGCAUGGUUAGUUUGUUAAGUCGAGCUGGGCUAUUAGAGGAGGCAGAGAAAAUGAUCUUGGAUUCAUUUUUUAGCGAAGAUUAUGCAGACUUAUGGAGAGCAUUGUUAAGCUCAUGCAUUACUAACAAGAAUUUAGAAAUAGGGGUUCGUGCUGCUGAGCGUGUUUUGAGAAUGGAUGCAGAUGACAGUGCGACGCAUACAUUGCUUACCAAUCUUUAUGCAGCUACAGGGAAAUGGGAAGCUGUCACAAGAAUGAGGAGAAAGAUCAGAGAAUUAUUGUUGGAAAAGGAUCCUGGUCUAAGUUGGAUUGAGAUUAUAAAUGAUAUCCAUGUAUUCUCUUCGGGUGAUCAAUUUCACCCAGAGAUUGGUGAAAUUCAAGUUGAAUUGCUAAGACUACAAGGAAACAUGACAAAAUUAGAAACAGAUGAAAUUUGAAAGAAUAAGCUCUAGUUAUAACAAGCAAGGGUCCUGGGUUCCUUGAUGUUUCAGGCUGCAGGAUUAAGAUGAAACAUUUCUAUGCUUCCUCAUGUUAGCCGUCCGGAGAGGAACAGAUGGAUAUUUUUCCGAACGCUAGCUCCAAUGAAGGCGCUGGCUAGAGCUUGAAGUGUGCUACACUUAGUACCUUUUGACAUUUCCCCUUACCUUCAUGGCGUGUAUUACAAGAAUAAGGAAUAUAGUUUGCAAAUGAUCAACUUCACAGGAUCUCUUGGUCCAAAAACACUCUCUAUUUACGUGAAAAUAAGAAAUAUAUACCAAGCGAAAAAAAAAAUAAGAAAGAAAAUAAGAAAUAUAGCCUGCAUUUUGCAAUUACCACGUCUUUACGUCAAAGAGAUUGUUUUCCUCAUUUAUUAAAUUACAAAAAACAACGAAAGACCCAACAAAAGACUAAAACUAAAUGUUCAUUUGGUUCAACUUUUGUUUCUAGUUUUCUUUUUUUAUCUUGAAUUUUUUUCAAAUAGCAUGUUAAAAUUUUUACUAGUUAAUUAAAAUAGAAAAUGAAUACAAAAA